GUGCGCUCUCCGGCCGGCGGCGGCUGCGGCGGUGGCGGCUCCGAGCGGCUCCGUUUUUUUAAAGGGAAACGCUGAAGCACUGGGGGUGACUGUGGGGGAGGGGGACCCCGAGCUGCAGAGACCCCCCCCAGGGGUGGCGACAGAGGGGCCCCCUCCCGGAGUAGGAGGGCUUUGGGCGGACUCAUCCCUCCCACCCCCUUCUGAGGAGGAAAGGGGGGGAAAAAUGGAGGCUCGGGGCGGCUGAGGCGAGCUCCGGGGCGGGGGGCCGGGGCGGGGAAGGGGGGUGUGGGGUGGGGAGACGAGGCGGGCCCGGCCGGGCCAGGGGGGGCCGAAAGCGAGCUCCGGGGAUGAGCUCGGGGGCGGCUGGGUGCGAGCUCCUGCCUCUGAGGCGAAGGCGGCGGCGGCAGCAGAGGCGGCGGCGAGGCCCCCAUGGGCCGGCGGCGGGCCUCAGCCGCGGCCUCCACUUCUCCGCACGCCGGCGGGAUGGCGCCCAGGCCCCGGAGGAGCCGCGCUAGCGGAGGCCUGCUGCCGCGCUGCUGAGGCGAGCCCGCCAAACUCCCCUCCCCCUCCUCCGUCCUCGACCCCCCGCACCUCGCCCCUUCCCCACCCCCUACUCCGUCUCGGUCCCCGGCGCUGCUCCGGACCACUAUGACCAUGAGAUCCGCAGUGUUCAAGGCGGCCGCGGCGCCCGCCGGCGGCAACCCUGAGCAGCGACUGGACUACGAGCGGGCUGCGGCGCUGGGCGGCCCCGAGGACGAGCCCGGGGCGGCCGAAGCCCACUUCCUCCCCCGGCACCGUAAGCUCAAGGAGCCGGGGCCCCCGCUGGCCUCCGCCCAGGGCGGGAGUCCCGCGCCCUCCCCGGCCGGCUGCGGCGGCAAGGGCCGGGGCUUGUUACUGCCGGCCGGGGCGGCCCCUGGGCAGCAGGAAGAGAGCUGGGGCGGUUCGGUGCCCUUGCCCUGUCCGCCCCCAGCCACCAAGCAAGCCGGCAUUGGCGGGGAGCCAGCCGCGGCCGGAGGCGGCUGCAGCCCCCGGCCCAAGUAUCAGGCAGUCUUGCCCAUUCAGACGGGCUCUCUCGUGGCGGCGGCCAAAGAGCCUACGCCCUGGGCUGGGGACAAGGGUGGGGCGGCUUCUCCAGCUGCCACCGCCUCGGACCCGACGGGACCCCCCCCACUACCUCUGCCCGGGCCUCCACCUCUGGCACCCACCGCCACCGCCGGGAGCCUGGCGGCCAGCGAGGGCCGAUGGAAGAGUGUGAGGAAGAGCCCUCUCGGAGGUGGCGGCGGCUCGGGAGCCUCCAGUCAGGCCGCCUGCCUCAAACAGAUCCUUCUACUGCAAUUGGACCUCAUUGAGCAGCAGCAGCAGCAGCUGCAGGCCAAGGAAAAGGAGAUCGAGGAGCUCAAGGCCGAGAGAGACACGCUCCUUGCUCGGAUUGAACGCAUGGAAAGGCGGAUGCAGCUGGUAAAGAAGGAUAACGAGAAAGAAAGGCACAAGCUGUUUCAGGGCUAUGAGACUGAAGAGAGAGAGGAAGCAGAGCUAUCUGAGAAAAUUAAACUGGAGUGCCAGCCGGAGCUUUCUGAGACAUCCCAGACUCUGCCUCCCAAGCCCUUCUCAUGCGGGCGGAGUGGAAAGGGACACAAAAGGAAAUCCCCAUUUGGAAGUACAGAAAGAAAGACUCCUGUUAAAAAGCUGGCUCCUGAAUUUUCAAAAGUCAAAACAAAAACUCCUAAGCACUCUCCCAUUAAAGAGGAACCCUGUGGUUCCUUAUCAGAAACUGUUUGUAGACGUGAAUUGAGGAGCCAAGAAACCCCAGAAAAGCCCCGGUCUUCAGUGGACACCCCACCAAGACUCUCCACUCCCCAGAAGGGAUCCAGCGCCCAUCCCAAGGAGAAAGCCUUCUCAAGUGAGAUAGAAGAUUUGCCGUACCUUUCCACCACAGAAAUGUAUUUGUGUCGUUGGCACCAGCCUCCCCCAUCACCGUUACCAUUACGGGAAUCCUCUCCAAAGAAGGAGGAGACUGUAGCAAGGUGUCUGAUGCCAUCAAGUGUUGCAGGAGAAACUUCAGUCUUGGCUGUUCCUUCUUGGAGGGACCACCCAGUAGAGCCUCUAAGGGACCCAAAUCCUUCAGACCUUCUGGAGAACCUGGAUGACAGUGUGUUUUCAAAGAGGCAUGCAAAACUGGAGUUGGAUGAGAAGAGAAGGAAAAGAUGGGAUAUUCAGAGGAUCAGGGAACAAAGAAUUUUACAGCGACUGCAGCUCAGAAUGUAUAAAAAGAAAGGAAUUCAGGAAUCUGAGCCUGAGGUUACCUCAUUUUUCCCUGAGCCAGAUGAUGUUGAAAGUUUGAUGAUUACCCCCUUCUUGCCUGUUGUAGCAUUUGGACGACCAUUACCAAAAUUAACUCCACAGAAUUUUGAGCUGCCCUGGUUGGAUGAGCGUAGUCGAUGCAGGUUGGAGAUCCAGAAGAAGCAAACACCUCACCGGACGUGUAGGAAAUAGCUGUGCUGGCAAGAACGAGCCCUGUCUUCAGAUAGUUGUAGCAUGCCAUUCCCAGAGAGUGGCAGAGACCUGUGUAUGUGACCUGUGUCCUAUGCGUUGUCAUUCGCUGGUAAUGCCCUUCCAUACCCCCUUGAGUUUGUUUUGUUUUUUCGUCACUCUGAUUUCACCAGAACUUUCAUUGGACUAAUUGUGAAUUAUGGAAGAUGAUUGGGAUUUCUUUUCCCUUUGUGGGAAAAUGAACUCUCAAGUAAAAUUUGCAUAAUAGCAGAUUUGGAAGUUUCAGGGUCUGCUUCUUUACAUUUGUUGAAGCGGUAGAGUGGCUGUCUCCAGGGAACACAUCAAAGAUGAAGCAACCCUUGCUGCUGGAGUGUGCCUGCGUGGCACUCUUCACCUUGGAAUGCUUACCUCAUCGUUGGGAUAUAGUAGUUUUUACCCUAAAAUAAAACGAAACAAAAGAACCUCACCAUGAGCUUUAGGACCAGAUCAGGAGUAACAGCUGAAGUGAUGAAGAAAGUUAGUCUUCAGAGUAGAAAGGAGAUUGUUGUUAGAUGAAUAUCUGAAAAGCCAGGUUUUCUCUGAAGAUUAUUCUCUGAUAUACCCAUGUGGGAAGGGGUGUUUGUGAUUAUUUUCUUAGUUAAUGGAUAACUGAAUUAUUUCUCCACCUUUCAGAAAAUAAAAUUUUUGGAGAAUACAGUGGGGAUGAUUAGUCUCAGAAAGGUUAUAGUGCUAAACGGGCAGUUGGCACUCAGAAAUGCAUGCCACAGAACCUGUGUAGGUAGGUGUCCAUGUGUCACAUCGCUUCUCAAGGAUUAUCAUUUUCAGAGCUCUGGGUGGUGAGACAGGUUGAGAGGGAGGAGGAAACAUUGGUCCUUUGGCUGGCAAAUGUCUGUUUUGAAGCAAAUGUACCUAACACACUUCUCCAUUCACUUUGGAAAAAUGAUUUUGUAAGUGUGCCAUUUUGGUCCCCCUUCCCUGCCCCCAUUUUGUUUAAGAAACAAUUUCAGGACAGCACUCCCAGGCCACUUUGGUCUCUGAAAGAUCCCUGUUAACUAUCUAGAAGGAAAACAGAGCCAAGGGUUAUGGUCUCAAAUACAUAGGAAAUGCCUUUCACUAGUCUUCAGGACAACUGUGUGAAAAUGAGGAGGUCUAAUCUCCUAGAAGAUAGGGACUUUUAUCCUUGCAGAGUAUGUCCCCAGAGUAUUAGCACUUUUAGAGGAGAAGCCAAGGUAUGUAGGGUGUGUGUUUGGCCCACGAGUGGAGCGUGACAGAGGAUGGGACACCAUUGUGGGAAGAGAAGUUCCUCAGGGGCUUCCCACUGCUUAAGCUUUUUGUGAGAUGCUGAUCUGUGCUCCCUGUGUUUGACUUUGAAAGAAAGUAUUCUGGCAGCACAUGUAGUAUUGGAUGAUCUUGUUGCUUUUAUUUCUCUCUCUCAGUAUGUGUGUGUGUGUGAAUAUGUGUGUUUGGCUAUGGGUUUUCAUUUGUUAACUCCAUUUGCUUAGGAGAGUGGGGUCUCUAUAAGGGAACCUGCUGUAAACUUCAUCACAGCAAGGAUAUAGAGAGAAAUAGGACUUACUCCACUAGGGGCUCUCAUCUCACACCUUGAGGAGAUUUCUAGAAAAACUGGGCCAGCUUUUCUUUGUUCUCCAUCAUUUUAACGUGGCAAGCUGAUUAACUCUCCUACUCUUACCUAAGUUGUUAUGUUCCUUCAUAACAUGCCCAGAAAGAAAAAACACCCCAAUCAGUGUCUUUAUUUUGUUCCUUGAUCCCUCUGUUUUUGCUUGGUUUAAGCGUUUGUCAGAUUCUGAGUAUUGGCUGUGGGCUAGCGAAUUUAACCUGUUUGUGUCCUAUGCAGGGGACUCCCCAGAUACUGUACUUGAGCUAGGCUGAGAGGAAUCCAUGAGGUGCUAUCUGGCCAGACUUACGUGGAUUCCGUUUCCUUGGUUCUGCAUCCCCCUAAGGACCUCUUGUUUUAGUGUCCCCUCGUCUAGAUCAGUUCUGCUUUGAUUUUGAAUAUUGUUGAGGUCUGUUGAGGAGGUUGAAGCAAAGUAAGAGCAAAAUUACAGUGUGUUAGUGUGUGAGGGGAAAAUUUGUCUUAUUUUUCCCUACAUGGGAUACAACACUGUGAAAUCCAGUCUUCAACUGAAAGCCCUGCAGUUCUCCUAAAACAUAGUCCUUUGUUUCUUUCUUUAACAAAGUUUAAGCUAGUGUUAAUAAAUUAAAAAAAAAAAUUGCUUGUCUGUCUACUUCAGCUUUGUUUUAUGCCCAUUUCAUAUUGUUGUCUGUGUUGUAAUUCAUACUUUUGAUACCAUUUCUGAUGUGUAAAAUUGGUUGUCUUGUAAAUAUCUUAUAAAGAGUUGAAUUGUAAAUAAACUAUUGUGGCUGUUAA